CCAAGCGACUGGCGUCGACUUCCCUAUGUUCAGAAUUGUUCAAGCACGCGCCUCCUCCCCGUGUGCUAAAUUCUGUCACUUCUAGCCAUCUUCUACGGCCAUGCCUAGUGUUGUUUGGUGUGUAGAAAUGCACAAUUUUCUCAAAAUCGGUCUCGUCGUCCGCAGAGAGGCGCUAACUAUUAAGCCCUUAGUGGAGGGCUGCACUGAUCUCAAAAACAUUGUGCAUUUCCACAGCAUGCGCGUGACAAAGUUCUGCAGACGGGGAGGCUGGAUGGGAGCGAGCACGAGUCGACAUCCGGGAGCUACCGUGAGGUCUAAAAAGUGGAACUUGAAGAUAUCGUGGCUCGGAAGUGUUUCAAGAUGGCCCGGAAACGGUGGAUCUCAGUGGUGAUUUGUGUUCAAAGAGAGAAGAAGCAUUCAUUCGCCUUUGGACUUAUCCAUGUCGACUUCU